AAAUGGUAAACCUAAUAAGGGAAAUUAAAGAUAUGACCAGACCGUCUUUAGAGAAACGUCUUCAAGUAGCAAACAAUAUAGGAUUGCAUGCAACUCUACGAUAUACCUUACUGUGUGCUCGUGUAAUGGGAUUUCUACCUUUGUCUGGACUAACGAGCUUCAAUGGGCGUGAUGUCAGAUGCGCCUGGAAAAGUCCUUAUUCAAUAUACUACGGUCUCAGUAUAUUUGGUCAGACACUAACAUUCAUCUUAAGCUUUGUCUGGCUACUCGAAAAAGGACUAUCUUUGAGAACUGUUUCUACAAGCGUAUUCUAUUCCUCAAGUUUUCUCUCUUGUAUGAUUCUGGCUCACAUAGCAAAAUGUUGGCCACACUUUUUAACUAAUGUGGAAGAUAUGGAAACAAAACUGCCGCCAUUCACUAGAAACGUAUCCAAAAUGAGUAAUGUCACUGUCACCUGCAUUUUUCUCUUGGCUGUAGUUGAGCAUUUGUUGUCAAAGAUGUACUCCUAUACCAUGACAAACGCUUGCGUCAACUGUUCCAUAGACGAGACUUACUUUUCUGAGAAUUUGCAGUGGGUCUUCGAUCGCACUCGUUAUACUUUGUGGAAAGGAUUGUUGGUGGAGACGAUCAAUAUACAAUCAACCUUUUUGUGGACAUACAACGAUUUGUUAAUUAUGAUACUGGGCAUCUAUUUAUCCGAACAUUUUGUUGAGCAUACCCGACUACUAAAACAGGCUCUCCAAGAACAAAAUUUUUCAGUUGAAGAGUUUCGCGUGCAACAUUUAAGAAUUGUGCAUCUCGUGAGGCAGUUUAAUAAGCUAUUUGGUAUCUACAUUCUUCUUUCUUUUGGAUUUAAUCUAUAUUGGAUUUGUAUGCAACUAUUUUACAGUUUGGACACACUUCGCAGGCUGGAAUAUGCUAUCUAUUUCACUUUCUCAUUAUCGUUUUUGGUAGCCAGAAUUUUGAUGGUAUGGCUUCUGUCUGCAAACGUGCAUUCCAAAUCCAAUGGAUCUAUACUACUUUUGUAUGAAAUACCGACACACAGAUUUGACGUAGAGGUACAGAGGUUCAUCGAUCAAAUAAACAACAUAAAAAUUGGACUUAGUGGUUUAGAUUUCUUCUUCGUCACAAGAAACAUGAUUUUAACCCUCUUUGGCACCAUCGUCACCUAUGAAUUAGUUUUGCUACAAUAUAACAGAUAG